UCUACCCAUCCGACACUCUAUCAGAUCUCCUGAUUCCCGAUAAAACAUCGCUGGUAGAGUAAUUUGGAAACUCUAUUGCAGCUUGAGGAAUAUUCAAAUAAGCUGCGCCCGGCUGACCCAAAGCUUCACCUGGGCAGGAGACCCUUUUGGCCACCUGGCCAGCCUCGUCUACAGCAUCAUCCGCAACAUCUAUCGCAAUGCGGUCUUUUUACAGUUUACUGGCCAUUGGCCUGUCAAUAUGGACAGCCAGUGCCCUGGAAGUCCAGAUGGUAUGUUUUAUGUACGCAUGGAGACAAGAUGUGGCUAAUUUCCCCGCAGGACCAAACCGAAAUGAAGAAGCAAUUCUGCUCCGGUACGCAGCUCGAAAACCACUGGUCGAUAUACAACUAACAGAAACAGGCAUGUACAGUAAAGCAGACUGGGGAGGCAGCGUAGACCCAUUCAUCCGCGUCAAGUUCUUUGGCGACAAGGAGGCUUCAGACAAUGACGCCGCGAGCCUGAUGAUUUUCGAGUGGAAGGACGUGGAUCUCGUCCAGCUUCAGAAUCCCGAGACGAAACAAAAGAACGUUGCUCUAUGCAGCGACGACUACAUCGCCAAAGGCGCUUGCACGGAACUCGAAAAGGGCGAGUUUGUACUCGCCCCAAACGCCACCAAGAAGUCCACGUCCCUUAUUCUUACAAAGGCCAUCAAGCUCAAAGACCAGCCUGCACCGAUCCUAUACUCUAUCAAGAAGACAGGCUACUACUGCCUGUUGACGGAGGGCUUUACGGCGCAAAAGUAUUCCGCUGUAGCCGAGUUCCGCAACUCUUACGGCGAACUGUCUGCCACUCAGGUUCCCAAGCUACCCUUUUACGGUGGCAUUACGCUUGUAUACACGCUUAUGGCAGGCUACUGGGGCUUUCUUUACUAUAUGCACCGCCAGGACAUCCUGCCCGUGCAAAAUUACAUUACUGCGGUUUUGGUCUUCCUUGUUGUCGAAAUGCUCAUGACUUGGGGCUUUUAUGACUACCUCAAUCACAAUGGUGACAACGUCGGAUCCAAGGCAUUCCUUAUUGUGGUGGCCAUCCUCAACGCGGCUCGAAACUCAUUCUCCUUCUUCCUGCUGCUCAUCGUAUGCAUGGGCUACGGUGUCGUCAAGCCGACACUAGGCCGCCUCAUGUUUUACUGCCGCAUCCUGGGUAUUGCGCACUUUAUCUUUGGUCUCAUUUACGCCGUUGUCAACUUGUUGACGCCGCCCGAGGACGCCGGCAUGGUAUCUCUACUAACCGGUCUGCCAUUGGCAGCCACCAUGACAGCCUUUUAUAUGGCGACGCUCAACUCGCUCACCUUUACGCUUAAGGAUCUUCGUGACCGCAAGCAGUUUGUCAAGGAGGCCAUGUACAAGAAGCUGUGGUGGGCAAUCCUGGGCACUGUCAUCUUUGUCUUUGUCUUUGUCAUUUUCAACGGCGCCAACGUCCGCGCCUUGUCGGAUCCCAACUAUGUUCCCAACCACUGGAAGACGCGCUGGUUCAUCAUUGACGGCUGGCUGAACUUGGUCUACCUCGCUGAUGUCGCCUGGAUUGCGUAUGUCUGGCGCCCAACUGCCAACAACCGCCGCUUUGCCAUGAGUGACGAGAUUGCCCAAAAUGACGAUGGCAACUUUGAAAUUGGCGAGAUCGGUAUGCCUGGUGACUCAGACGACGAGCUCGAUGAGGAAGCUGAGAUUGGCAAGGCGCCUCCGCCCAGCGCUGGUCCUUCGCGAACACCCGCUGCGGCUCCAGCGGCAACAACCUCCCACGCCGUCCGCCGAUCCCUCGAAGGCGAGACCAUCUUUGCGGUGGACUCUGAUGACGAGGAAAGUGAGGACGACAAGCUGGUCAAAACAAAAUAGGAUGUAUUCUAGUGUCUGGUUAUGCAUAGAUAUGGUGUAUUGUUUACAUGAUUACAACUCGGUUUCUAUUCUUACAAGCUGGCCUUCCCUGCUUUUGCCUUUCAUCACAUUAUAAUACAGAUAGUGUAUGUGUUUUAGUUGCUAACAUCUCCGCCAAACCCAACGGGUCUUCGGCGGCCAUCAUUCUCUGGUAAAAUGGCAAGUGCCUUGUAGACCUUGCCCAUGCCGCUUGGGCCUCUGUCGACAAGUCUCUUCCACGCCUUCUCGAUGCCCUCGACGACAUCCUUUUUGGCGCCUGCAUUCUUGACCAGCACGCCGGCUCGCUCACGGAUACCCAUGAGUUCCAAGAAGUCGGCCUGGCAAAUGGGACCAUGGACCUCAACACCCUCACUACCCAGCAUAGCAGCCUCAGCCAGUGCCGCAAAGUCGACAUCGGCGCUCAGAUCGACAAGACCGGGAGCCGCAAAGGGGCUGACAAUCUUGUGCUGGCGAAUACCUCGCAGAGAGUUGAUGGGUACGGUAUCGGUAGUGCCGUAGUCAAGAAUGAGGGCUGCGCCGGAAGGCUUCGCCUUGGGCGCCUUGGGUGAGCCGCCGAUGCGCGCAGCAAAGUCAGCCGUGUAGAUUGCUGCGUCGGGGCAGAUUUCCACCACGGUGCCUUCGGUCUGUUUGAGGGCUCUAUAACGCGGUGACGACUCCGGCAGGAAUCGGGAAUGGCGUGUAGUUCCAGGUGACAGGGUGAGCUGGAACUCAGGGACCGGCUCAUUCUGUUGCUUCUUUGGUGUGCCGAGCUCGUCGUGCGAGACACCAGGAGGGGUGGGCGAGACCAUCAACUCGCGCCACUCCAUGGUCUUCGGGGCCGCAGGAUCGGGGGUCGAUGGAGGGGAUCCGGGUUUAGGUUUCGGCGGGGGAGCGACGGCUGUCUGGAAGGUGUGGAUUGGGAGGGCGUCGAAGAAUUCGUGGGCGAUGAUGAAUGGUGUUGUUUCGGGAGCUGUAGUUUUGUUAGCGAUGGAGUAGAGGUAGCAAAGAGAUUGCGCAUACUGGAUGGGACGGCCUUGAUGCUCUCAGCCCAAUGGACGGGUGUUUUUGAGUAUUUACUGGUGCUAUGGAAGCCCGUGUCGGAGUCUGUAGCGGGUGCGUCGCCGCAAAGGCGCUGCUUCUGAGACUGUUGCAGCUGCUUGCUUGUUUCGACCAUGUAGACGGCGUCGAUGGCGUUGGCCAUGGCAGGGAAGCUUUUGA